AAUCAGGUUGGAAAUGGACUGGAUAUAAGCAGUAUAAUGAUGAGAUAAGCAUAGACCCAGAGUGGAAGGUUUUCAUCAGUGAGAAUCGUACUGUAGCAAUCAGUAGUACUGGCUCUCUGGUUGUGUGGGAGGACAAGGGAUGGAGGACUCUGCACUUCCAAAACGAUUACACUGAAGCAACAGAUGCUGCUGCAGAGGUUUAUUCAGGCACCCAGAAUCAGAGGUAUUCAGAUAAUCUAAUUGGAAAGGAGGAACAUGAAAGUUGCACUAAUUCCGAUCAUAAGAAAACUGAAGAAGAUUGUGAUGGAUUGUCACUGGUAUCUGUGGAGGAUGAUUCUAUGAAAGGAAUUUGCCUUGCCAGUAGGGGUAAGAGAAAAAUGCCAAGUAAAUUACAGGAUAACAGUAUUAGGAAAAAAAUGAUGCAGGAAAAGUUGCACAAUGCAAGUUGUGGAAUGCAAACUCUCGAAUCCAACAAGCCCCAUAUAGUUUUCUGCCAUGUUGCUGUUGAAGAUAAUGUUCUUCUAGCACUUGGUAAAGAUGGAAAAAUGUAUUCUGGCAGCAUUCCUAUCUCACUUGGGUUAAAAGUUACUGAAGUUGCAGUGGGAAAAGAACAUAGUAUGGCACUGACAACAAAUGGAGAUGUCCUCACUUGGGGUGGUGGAAUGCGUGGACAAUUAGGCAAUGGCGAAAUAUGCCAAAGGGAAAAACCUGAGUUAGUGGAGCACCUCCAGGGUAUUACCAUUUCAUCUGUUGUGUGCGGAGGAUGGCACUCUGUUGCAUUAAGCAGCAGCGGAGAUGUCUAUGUUUGGGGUUGGAAUGAGAGUGGACAGUUAGGGUUCCCAUCCAAAUCUCAGAGUAAUCAUUCAAUCUUUGGAUCAUUUGAACAUAAAUGUUGGUGCCGAAAAAAUGUUGAAAAAGUGAGAAAAGAAGAGAACUCAAACCCUUUACUUGAUAGAGUAAACCAAGAGCAUACCAAAGAUGUGGUGAAUGUUCAGGCCUCUCCAAGAUUGUUGGACUUCUGGAGUGAGCAUGUAAAAGUUGUGGAUGUCCAGUGUGGAGAUAGACACACCCUAUUUCAGCUAGAUGAUGGCAGUGCCUGGUCAGUUGGUAUGAACAAGUAUGGGCAGCUUGGACUGGGUCACACAGAUAUGACUGAGGAACCUACUCAGGUAUUCAACAGCGGUGUCACAAGAAUUUAUGCUGGAGGAUGGAAUUCAAUCUUUGUUACAAUACCAUGUUAAUGCCUUCUAAAUCCUAAAUUAAUUUAUUUACAGUUUAAUGUAAUAUAACUGGACAUCAGCUUUUAUUGAUCAUUUAAUAACCCCUAAUUAGAUUUUUUGAUGUGAUCAGGAAUGAAUUGAGUAAGUUUGAUUGAAAGGUUUAUAAACCAAUGCAUUUUCCUGCCCACUUAUAGUGAAAUGUUAAAUACAAACAUAUAUUAAUAUCAGUGCACAUUUGAAUAAGGGGAUAUAGUGCGAAAAUAGACAAAUGCAGCAUAAUAGAAUCCUUUCUUAAUGUUUUUGCCCACACAGUUGGCUUUAUCAAAUUAAAAGCAGAUCUACCUGAGCAGAAAGUACAUGUGUAUAUGUAAGGAGCAUAAUGAUGUGAAGGGUCAGGUGAGAAAUGUUGAAAGUGAUUGCUGAGAAGAAGCUGAAUUUGAGAAGGACGUCUUCUCAUCAAUCAACUUCAACAUUCCUCACCUGACCCUUCACGUCACUAUCCUCCUUAUAUACAUGUUGUCAAUAAAGGAUUGCAUUAUACUGCAUUUAUGUGUAUUUUUUCCAUCAUGUUGUAUACCAUUUAUCUCC